UCUUGGUCUUCUCUUCUAGGUCUAGCCGUCUAGCAGUCCAGCUACCAAGGGGCCGGGAUCCAUGAGUGCAAGCAACUCCGGGUCCGGGGACAGCAUGGAAUGGGGAAGGGGUAGAUCAUCUGGCUCCAGGAAGGGCAAGAAAGGCGGCAACAGCAGCUCCGACAAGCCGAGGCAGCCGCAGCGAGGGCUCGGCGUAGCGCAGCUGGAGAAGAUCAGGAUACAAAAUGAGAUGGCCGAGUACUUGCACCACCCUCUUGGCCAGCCGACUCCGAUCCACAGAACUGGUAGCUUCAACUUGGAAGAACCGCGGUUCUCGCACUCGCUGCCGUCGUCUCCUCCCUCCCCCUUCCAUGCUAAUAACAUCGGUGUUUCAUCUUCGUACCCAAUUCAUCAUCCAAAUCUUGCGAUGGCCUAUGGAGAGAGAUCAGGAGACAUAAGAUCUGGUGCAUUUCAAACCAAUUCCAUCAUCAGGUCACCCAAUUACCAUGGCGCCAUGUAUGGUUCAGAAGCUGUACAUUAUUCCCAUCCAAACAACGUCACAUUGCCGCUCUUCGAACCUGAUCAUGAGGAAUCCGUUUGCUUGAAUAGACCAUACGAUCUAAAUCAAUUGGUGGACUCGUCGAGCUUAGAUGAACAAGAGGUAGACCUUGAGCUCAAGCUAUGAUCGAAAAUAUGCUGGCCCGCCUCUACCUCUCAGUUAAGCUAUAUGCCUGAUUAUUUGUGCCACAAGAACUAAAGUGCUUGCAGUCUUGUGUGUAAUGCAUGCAUGGUGUGACGCUGCACAAUUCUUUGAGUCACUGCACCGUGUGACGAUGUGUAACGACUGAGUUACUGAAACGAUGGACAACCAGCAGCUGGAUUUGGUGAUGCAGCUGGCUAGCUAUUAGUUAAUUUGUAGAAUUGUGUAAACAUUGGCAGCAUAGAAUUAGUAGUUUUCUCACAGUGAUGUUAAAUUGCAAUGAGUCUAUCCAUGGAUACGCCAUGCAGCGCUCAUCGACAUUGCUCAAUUCAGAAAAGCAGAAUAUUAUUGGUGCAAGUAUAUAUCUGUGCAUCCUCUCGAUCGGUCCAUACCAGAAUAUAUGUUCCUGAUAAAGAGAAUUAGACAAAGAUGGCUGCUAGUGAGCAUGAUGCUGAUGAAUGUUCCAUGGUGUAUACACACUGAAAAGUUUGCAUGCGUGCAGAUUUUCAUCAAGACAUACAGUCUGCAACAAUAUAAUGUGCAGUUCUGUACGUGUGCAUUGCAUAUUUUUGCUUUCUCAGUUUUAACUCUAGGUGGGAUUUGGGCAUUUUGCCUGCUAUAGCUAUCUUGCACAUGAUGUGGCGACGAUUUCUUAUAUAUCCUCUUAAGCAAUGCUUGCACUCGAAUUUAUUUGUGUGUGUAUCUAUCUACCUUUUUGAUAAUUCUUGUAGACAAUCUUAGUUACAUUGUGCAUAUCGAAGGCUUUCAUGAAUGU